GGCAGGGCACCGUCUCGUCAAAAUGCAGGCAGAACGGCCUGACCAAAUCGUCGGGCGCGUGGGGUUUAGCAGGGUCGGUUAGUGCCGCUGCAGGUUAUGGGAGCCAUUGGCUACCUCGACCUCCGACAGACGGGGGGGUCUGGCGACAUCAUUCACCACUCCCGAGUCGCCAUCGUGAACUAGUUUCGAAACAAAACAUAUGUGGUCAUUGGGGAGAAAAAGUCUAUAUCUACUAAAAAAGCCAACGCACGUCACUUUGAGGCCCACUGCAGGAUGCCGCUGGACCCCGCGAACACGUCGACGAUUCCAGCAAAGAGCUGAACCCGGCCAUUUGGGACACUUGAGAUCCCAAAGCUCGCCCCUAGUUCUAUUUCGAUGGUGGCCAGCAACACAACCAUUCCCAAACACAACGUGGCUAGCUUGUUGGUGUUCAAAAUCACUACAACCGUCUUGCGUGUUCAGAUCCAAGCGCUGCUCCCCAAACGGCAUAGUGCCGGGAACAAUGCCGGAACGGAGGAACGCCGCCGCCAAAGCCACCUCGUGCUCCAGCUUGGAGAAGACAACAUCGCCGAGCCCGACGCCGAAUCCACCGCCGUCCGUCGGCCAGGCUUGGGUUGUGUCUCGCUUAACAAAGCGUCAGCCUCAACACGGGUGUUCCGGGUUGGGCUGCGCUGGCACGGGUGCUGGCAGCAGGUUGCGUCGCUUGUGUCUCCCGAGGUCAAGGCUGGGCGAUCUCCUCCUUCAGCCAUCAUUCAGGGGUUCGAGCCUUGUUGCACCUCAACUGCAUGUGCGUCGCGCCCGGGCACGAAGCCAGGUGUGAGAGUGCCGUCUUAGUCUAACAGAGGCAGCCACU